UCCUCCUCCUCCUCCGCCGGUCCCGCCCAGCUCGCUCCGUCCCGGCUCGGCCCCGCAGGGAGUGGCAGGGGCUGCAGCCGGCGGUGGCACGGAGGGUCCCGCUCCCUCGGGGGGGCUGCCGGAGGGUCUGUGGCAAUGGAAGACGAGGUCCAUCAUCAAGAAGCCUGAAUGGUGAUACCAGGACAGCUGUAUAAAGCAUUGGCACCGGGAGCCUGAGCUGCAGGAGACAGCAAACAUGCUGAAGCCAAGUGGACUUAAAAUCCCCGGCAGGGCUGGGAAGCACUCCAGCCCGGUGGGACGGGCAUCAGGGACCACUGCUGCUGCCGUCACCACCAGCUCAAAAGAAGGCUCACCUUUACACAAGCAGGGUACCGCCUCCACCGCCAGCGCCGAGAAGUCGGGUUCAAAGGUUGCCGAGGUGGGCGAUGAUUUCCUGGGAGACUUUGUGGUGGGUGAACGCGUCUGGGUAAACGGAGUGAAGCCGGGUGUGAUCCAGUAUCUUGGGGAGACGCAAUUUGCUCCGGGCCAGUGGGCAGGGGUCGUUCUGGAUGACCCGGUGGGUAAGAAUGACGGCUCCGUCGGUGGAGUGCGGUACUUUGAAUGCCAACCGCUCCAGGGGAUUUUUACCCGACCGUCCAAGCUGACCCGGCAGCCGGUGGCCGAGGGCUCGGGGAGCGACGCCCCCUCCGUGGACUCCCUGACGGCCCAGAACUUGUCACUGCACUCGGGGACGGCCACGCCACCUCUCUCCACCCGCGUCAUCCCCCUGCGGGAGAGCGUCCUCAACAGCGCCAUGAAGACGGGCAACGAGUCCGGAUCUAACCUCUCGGACAGUGGGUCGGUGAAAAAAGGGGAGAAGGACUUACGGCUCGGAGAUCGCGUGCUGGUUGGUGGGACAAAGACGGGAGUCGUGCGCUACGUGGGAGAGACGGAUUUUGCCAAAGGAGAGUGGUGUGGAGUGGAGCUGGACGAGCCCCUGGGGAAGAACGAUGGGGCAGUUGCUGGUACAAGGUAUUUUCAGUGCCCUCCCAAGUUUGGCCUCUUUGCUCCCAUCCACAAGGUGAUCCGGAUCGGGUUCCCGUCAACCAGCCCCGCCAAGGCAAAGAAGAGCAAGAGAAUGGCCAUGGGAGUGUCUGCCUUAACCCACAGCCCCAGCAGCUCCUCCAUCAGCUCCGUCAGCUCGGUGGCAUCGUCUGUCGGGGGCAGGCCCAGCCGCAGCGGGCUGCUGACAGAGACCUCUUCUCGGUAUGCCCGAAAAAUCUCUGGCACCACAGCUCUCCAGGAGGCACUGAAGGAGAAGCAGCAGCACAUCGAACAGCUACUGGCAGAGCGUGACCUGGAGCGGGCUGAGGUUGCCAAAGCCACCAGCCACAUCUGUGAGGUGGAGAAAGAGAUUGCCAUCAUGAAGGCCCAACACGAGCAGUACGUCACGGAGGCAGAAGGAAACCUCCAGCGAGCACGAGCCCUGGUGGAUGGGAUGCAGAAGGAGAAGAUUGAGCUGUUGAACCAGCUGGAAGAGGAGAAGAGGAAAGUGGAGGACUUGCAGUUCCGUGUGGAGGAAGAAUCCAUCACGAAGGGGGAUCUGGAGACUCAGACGCAGUUGGAGCAUGCCCGAAUACGGGAGCUCGAGCAGAGCCUGCUGUUUGAGAAGGCACAGGCUGAAAAACUCCUCAGAGAAUUAGAGGACACCAGGCUAACCACGGUGGCGGAGAAGUCCAGAAUCCUGCAGCUGGAGGAGGAGCUGAGCCUCAGGCGCAGCGAGGUGGAGGAGCUUCGGCAGUGCCUGAGGAGCUCCCACCAAGCAGAGACCCCCGAGCAUAACCUGGGCUUGCAGUCAGAGGCUCUUCGUCUCCGAGAUCAACUCCUGUCUGCCAACAAGGAGCAUCAGAAGGAGAGCAGCCAGCUAAAGGAGAAGUACGAGAAGACCUUAAAGAAGUACCAGCAGGAGAUGGAGAAGCUGAAGUCUGUCAAUGAGAAGUACGCACAGGAAAUCGUUGACCUAAAGCAUAAAGUUCAGCAAGCCACUAAUGAGAACAUGGGGCUCAUGGACAACUGGAAGUCCAAGUUGGACACGUUAGCUUCUGACCACCAAAAGUCUCUGGAGGACCUGAAAGCCACAUUAAACACAGGCCCCGACACCCAGCACAAGGAGAUUGUGGAACUGAAGGCGGUGGUGGAGAGUAUAAAGAUGGAGCACCAGCUUGAGCUGGAGAACCUGAAAGCCAAGCAUGACAUUGAGACGGCUGUUCAUAUAAAGGAGAAAGAGAGUCUCAAACUGAAGUUGCAGGAGGCUGUGGAUGAAGUGGAAAAAAGCAACAGCAACUGGAAAAUGCAACUGGAAACCAAAAGCAAUCAGCACCUUCUUGAGCUCCAAGAUGUGAAGGACAAGUGUCGAGAUGCUGAGCUGAGGGUGCAUGAACUGGAGAAACUUCACAGUGAAUAUAAAGAUCAGACACAAGCGAUAGCUUUCUUGAAAGAGCAGAUUUCUUUGGCUGAGAAGAUGAUGUUGGACUAUGAAACGUUACAGAAAACAGAAGCCCAGAGCAAACAGGAGAUCCACAGAUUGCAGGAAAAAGUGCUUGUCUUAGAGAACAAGUUGCAGUCCAUGGAGGCCCUGCAUCCUUCUCAGCAUGCGAAUAUGAUUGAGACUAACGAUAUAUCAGAAGAAAAGAUAAAGAUGAAGCAGACUAUGGAAGACCUCCAAGACAAGCUGAGUAAAAGAGACAAAGAGGUGUCAUCGCUGGUGUCCCAGACUGAAACUCUAAGGGCCCAAGUAAGUGCUUUGGAAAAUAAAUGCAAAACGGCAGAAAAGAAGGCUGACUCGGUGUUGAAAGAAAAGAAGAGGCUGGAAGGUGAACUGGAAGCCUUGACCAAGAAAACACAUGAUGCUUCAGGGCAACUGGUCCUGAUUAGCCAGGAGCUACUCAAGAAGGAAAGGAGCCUGAACGAGCUGAGAGCACUGUUACUGGAGGCCAACCGGCACUCGCCUGGGCCAGAGCGGGACCUGAGCCGGGAGGUGCACAAAGCCGAGUGGAGGCUGAAGGAACAGAAGCUCAAAGAUGACAUCAAAGGGCUUCGAGAGAAACUGGUUGUGCUGGACAAGGAAAAAUCUGUAACAGACCAGAGGCGAUACUCCCUGAUCGACCCCUCCUCGGAGUCGGAGGUGAUCCGGCUGCAGCACCGGCUCGUCAGCACGGAGGACGUGCUGCGCAACGCGCUGGAGCAGGGCCACCAGAUGGAGAAGCUCAUGGAAGCGAUGAGGCUCUCCUCCGAGAAAACACAGACUGUUGGGAAUUCUGGCUCUGCUAACGGGAUUCACCAGCAGGAUAAAUCCCACAAGCAAGAGGAGAAGCUCUGAUAGAGAAGAGGUGAAGAGGAUCAUUUCACGCCAGUAUCAGCUCCUGUGCACAGGCAGGAGAAACGAUGCCCCAUCUGGCUUUAGCACCUCCGAGAGACCAGACACAGUAUUUUCACUUUAAAGCAGGACAAUGUUUAUAAUUUACUAACUGAUGUAAUCAGGACAAUCCCGGCGUCCGGUUUUCCAAGGCAGCCCUUGUUCCAGGAGGGAGCAGAAAGAUCUCCCUGGGUUUGGUUUUUCUUCCCUGUGUUGGUUUUUGCCCGUGGAAUUCGUAUCACCUGAGCUGCCCUGUUGUCCCACCAGCUGAUGUGCUCUGGGUGGCAGCUGCCCCCAGCAAUGGCUGAAGUCUCAGUGAGUCCCAGUUAACCCCACCAGGAGCUGCAAAGGGAUUUGGUUUCCUUGUGGUGUUCAACUCCAAAGCGUGUUUCCAGAGGCUGAGCACUUCCCACGUGGUCUCUCCCCUCCCACCCGCCCUGGUUGUCUCGAGUGAAACCUGCUGGGCUGACUGGUCACGCUGGCACGCGGCGGCUGAGGAGGACGGGGUGUUGGGGAUGUGUUUCCUCUCCUCAUCUUGCAGAAGACAUCUCUGUUCUGGAGCACGGAGGCUGCACCGAGUCCUUGUAUCAUAGCAUGUUGUGGGAAAUCAUCUGAUUUCAGAGGGAUAUUUAUUUUGUUUCUCACCCGUCGCUGUUUGGGAAGGAGCUGUGGUGGCUUUGGGUUUGGGGACAGGUGUGGUUGGCCUUUCUUGGCCCAGCCUGGUCCCACCUUCACUCCUCUGUGGUUUAUUGAGUCUUUUUUUGAGCACAGAGCUCCACAGACAGCUGGAUCUCAACAUCUCUGGCCCAAGGGCCCCACGCUGGCUGCAGUCGGUGUGGGACAGAUGCCUUGAGGAGAUGGCUCCCUCCUUGCCUGUUUAAUUGAACAGCUAAUCAGGGAUUGCCUGGCCACUCUUCCAGAGCUAUCCUUGGCUCUUCAGUAUGAUGUCCAUCCCUUACUACUGGGUAUGGAGAAGGCCAAGGUCCUGCUGUGAGUAUUCCUGCAGCAGUGGCUGUAUUUGGUGGGCACAGCAAUCCUGUGCAUGACCUGAGUGUGAGCAUUUGAAGCAGAAGAAAUCCACGACUGGAGCCCACACAGCUCUUGUGUCCGUAGAGAGCACUGCAGGCCCAGGCUUGGGUUGGCUCCUUCAUCUGAAGGCUUUACUCUUCUCUGUAACUUUGCACCACUGCUCCCCAGGGACAUUAGGGUGGAGGAAGGGGACAAUAUGCUCUUAAAGGUGUGAGAGAAUCCAGUUCAGAUCCACUGUUCAGUACCACAGGGAGGAGUCACAGCAAUAUUUACCAGGCUUCCCCUAGUCAGUGCUCGGUUCCUCCAGUCUUCAGAAGCCCUUGUGUUACGAUGGGGCAUCUGUGAAGGAGGACAAGACAGAAAGAGACCACCGAGAGAGGAGAUCUGAGCCAGACCACAGGCAGGUGAACAUCGUGGUGUGUCAGCUUCAUUGCUUUUUGCCCUGAUUUCCUACAAAGUUGAGUUACUUUUUCAUAGUGGGUUGCCCAGCUCCUACUUCCUUGAAGGAUGAGCAGCCAGAAGCAACCUGGGCUUCCUGGCUGCAAUUCUGCCAUGAGGAGGACCUUGCUGAAUCUGAGCUAUGGUUGGUGAUCUCCUUCCAUUCCAAGGGAGGAUGAGAGAGGAAGGUGACUUCAGGGGAAUAAAGCAGGUCAGAAAACA